AUGAGGAUCGCCUGGGUCUUCAAGUCCAACGAUAUUCUUCGACAGACAGAAACAAUUCCCAAUGCAGCAAGGAACAGGUCCCUGUCAGAUAAGCAACCUGGCUAUUCCAAAGAGCAUUAA